AUGUCUUCCACAGCACCCUACCUCCUCCACCUGACGUCCCGUCCAAAUCAAGUCUCGCCCCAGACGUGGAAAGAGUGGUACGAUUCCCUUCCCGACCUCGUCACCUCGCAUGCUUCCGUACGUGCCACGUUCUACGAAGAAAUCGAUCUUCCCGGCACUCUUCCAUCCGCCUCAUACCGCAGUUUUCUAGCUGUUUAUCAAAGUGAUGUUGAACAGCCGUUGGAAACGAAGAACUCCACGCAUUUGCAGACCACCAGCGUGUUCUUUGAAAAUAAUGCGGCGAAAAGCAAUGCGAGUGGGGAGAAUGCAGAUCUCGAUGCGAGGAAUUAUGCGUUGGUGCAGGUUUAUAAUCCGCAGGGUGUUGGCGAAGCCCCUCCUCCCGAGAUCUUAACCGCAGAAGCGCAGCCCGCAGACCCAGACGACUACGACAAUUGGUUCCGCACUGAGCACAUCGGUCAGCUUGCUGCUUUGCCUGGGUACAGACGUACACUGCGGUAUAAGCUGGGGCCUAAGACGGCGUGGACGAAAGGUGAGGAUGUGCCGUUGUUCCUUGCCAUUCAUGAGGUGGAGGAUGCGAGACUGUGGAUGGAGGGGAGGGCGGAGGCGGCGAAGACAGCGACACCUAGCGAGUGGGCGGUGAGGAAUGUGAAGGGCUCUUCAGAGAUCCCUGCCGCUGUCGUUAGGAAGACGGCGAUGAGGAUCUUCAUCGGCGAUUUCGACUUCAAGUGGGGUGCAGUUGCACGCUGGCUCGAGGACGACAGCAGCGCCAGAUUCAAACAACUUUCGAAGUUUCAGAAUAAGCUCGAGAACCAAAUGUUCGGAAAUAUCGAGCUUGUACAUCGCGUCUUCGAUGUUGCCGCUUGCUGGGAUCAGGACCACACUCCUUCUCUUCUCAAGGACAGCACUCGCUUCCAGCGCGAUGUGAUCUGGAGCGAAGCCUUCAACGAGCGCAUUUUCGUCACCAUCAUCUGGCCUCUACGCGACGCCGUCAAGCUCAACGAAAUCAUCGACUGCGACGUCUGGAAAGAGAUGUAUGGUGCCAUGUGGGUCGCCUUCGCAGAAGCUGUCUUCACCAAUGCCACUUGGUCUCAGCAAGCUAACAGCUACCCUGCCAUUGACAUGAAGCCUGUCUUCCAAGCCGUCCGUCAAGUGCCAGAGAAGUACUUCGCAGACCGCCCAGAAUUCGACCAGAUCCCGUCUCAUAACCUGGAGUACACUUGCGAGGAAAAUUUGGAGGGGUGGAUGCAGGCGCGUGAGAAAGCGAAGGAGAAGGUAGCGGAAGAGCUUGGGAUGCGGGAGCGUAAAACGACAGGAAGGUUCUACUGA